AUGGGAGAGAAUGGUGUGUUUGUGGUUCGUUUUCAUAAUAUGGAGGAUAAAAAUAGAGCUCUAGAGAAUGGCCCUAUACUGUUUGAUAGAAAGCCAGUUAUUAUGAAGCACUGGGCAUCAUAUGUAGACCUUAGGAAGGAGGAUGUUAAGGUGGUUCCGACUUGGAUUCGACUGGUAAACCUACCAUUAAAAUACUGGGGCCAACAAACCUUGCACAAACUGGUGGGUAAGGUUGGGAAACCCAUUAAAACUGAUCGGGCAACAGCUCACAAGGAUAUAUUGGAGUAUGCUCGAGUCCUUGUUGAGGUUAGAGUGGAUCAAACUUUUCUUAAGGAAAUUUCAUAUGUGAAUGAGAAAGGGAUGGUAGCUGUUCAACCUGUGCACUAUGAAUGCAAACCUAUCACUUGUCUGGAGUGUAGGGGAAUAGGGCACACACAGGAGGAAUGUGGAGAUAAGGAGAAAACUAUACCUCUGGUGGCAACUAGUAAUGGGUUCUCUUGCUUAGCUACAAUAGCCGAGGGUCCUUGUGAAGGGCAAGUUGAAGAAGAGGAGGUUAAAGAUCAGGUGAGCUCAGAAGGGCAGGUUAACAAGGUUACAGAAGCGACUGAUGUAAUGCAGGAGGAAGGGAAGUCUGAUAAAAUAGGGUUGUGUGGGCUUCUGGAAACUAGGGUGAAGAGUGGCAAUUUUCCUAAAGUUUAUUCAAGAGUGUGUGAAGGGUGGAGUGUGGUUACAAAUCAUCAGCAGCAUAGAGGAGGUAGAAUAUGGGUAAUAUGGUUACCAAAUGUGUUUCACUUGGAUGUUAUUGAGUGCCAUGCUCAGUUCAUACAUUGUAGGGUGGAGCAUAGAUCAUCUAAUAAGAGUUUUUGCAUUACAUUUGUGUAUGGUAUGAAUGAUGCUCAAGAUAGAGAGGAGCUGUGGAAUAGGCUCUCUAUUAUCAGUAGUAAGGUAAAAGAGGCUUGGGUGCUAGUUGGUGAUUUUAAUAAUGUUUUACAUCUCAAUGAAAGACUGGGAUCUGCAGUUACACUAGCUAAGGUGAACAGCUUUAGAGAAUGUAUGAGAGUGUGCAAUCUUAAUGAGCAUUCAACUGAGGGUCCUUUUUUCACAUGGAGUAAUAAGCAGGAGGGAGAAGGGAGAGUUUGGUGUAGAAUUGAUAGAAUCAUUGCAAAUGAUGAAUGGGAUUCAAAGUGGCAAAAGCUGUUGCAAAAUUCUUACCUGAGAGCUGAGGUGGUGAGGCCUAAGGCUUUCAGAUUCUUUAAUAUGUGGGCUGCUGAUGAUGAAUUUUUGUCUAGGGUGCAGGGGGUGUGGAAUGAGAAUAUUUCAGGAGUUCCCAUGUACAAGGUGGUAGUUAAGUUGAAGAAGUUAAAAAGAGUGUUGAAGGAUUUGAAUAAAAGCAAAUAUGCUAGUAUUGAGAGUGCAGCAGAUGAAGCAAAGCUAAGAAUGAUCACUAUACAGGAAAGUUUACAGCAGGAGCCUACUAAUGAGAGAUUACACAAGGAGGAAUCAGAAGCAAGAGUGAGAUAUAAUGCUCUACACAAAGCAAGGUAUAGUUUUUUGCAACAGAAGGCAAAACAAGAAUGGUUGAGCAAAGGGGAUCUGAAUACACACUACUUUCAUGCUUGCUUGAAGAAGAGGAGGCUGCAAAAUCAAAUCAGUAGAAUACAAGAUAAACAAGGGGUCUGA